AUGCUCGUCAAGUACGAGGACAAGUGCACCACCUCCGUGCCCCACAUGGUCGACUUGCUGUACGAGGCCGUCCUGGCCUGCCCCAAGGACGUGUCGCUGCGCCUGCACCUCGCCAAACUGGAGGAGCGCCGCAGUGGGCUCGCCGCGGCUCGCGCCGUCCUCAAGCCGGUGGGGGCCGCCCCAGACGACAAUAUCUUGCGCGCCAUGGCCAAGCUCGAGACCGACGCCCGCGACCACGAAAAGGCUAGGGCCUACUAUCGCCAGGCCGCAGACGCUGAAGCCUUGCAGUCUGGCAACUCCUCCCCGUACAACACAUCCGCUCCCGUCUCCCCGCCCAAGCGCAAGCCCACCCGCAAAGGGAAGACCGUCAAGUCGCUCCACGCCUGGGCCUUGAUGGAGGCCCGCCUGGGCAACCUCACCGCUGCUCGAGAGAUCCUCGAGGAGGCCAAGGCCAUCACGGAGCACGACUCGGCUAUUUGGCGCGCUAUCGGCGAACUCGAGGGACGCGACCGCAACUUUGAAAAGGCUCGCACGGCCUUCCAGAAUGCCAUCGCCAUCGACCCGCAUGAUGCCCGCCUCUUCCUCGCCUGGGGCAAGAUUGAAGCCCUCGCUGGCGACUUGGACCGCGCAGAGAUGCUCAUCGACAGAGUCGCAAACGCAGGCCCCAAGGGCACCGCCCCGACCCUGGCACCGUCGCAAACGCAAAAAAUGAUGCCUUCCGGAGGAGGCACCUCUGCCUCUCGAGCUACUGCCAAUCCCAAGCCCUCCAGAUUUCAGAAUAACAUCAAUAACAAUACCAACGUGGCUCUCACCCCACACCUCCUCGCCGACGCGUUGCGAGAGCGCGCCAUUCUCGCCGCCCGUAACGGCCAGCUUGAUGACUCUGUCACCCUGCUGACACGAGCAUCUCAAAUCGAGCCGGACUGCGCCACCGGCUGGCGCCUCCUGGCCUCGCAGCAGCUGCGCGUCAAGGGCAUCGUCAGCGCGCGCGAAGUGUACAGAACAGGGCUGCAGCGCGUGGCGCAGUCCGCCAAGCCUAAGCUGCUGCACUGGUGGGGCCAGGACGAGCGGAGCGCCGGCGACAUAGACGCCGCCCGUGAGCGCUUUCGCCUCGCCACUUGCGCCAACUCGGAUUACAUGUCGGCGUGGAUGAGCUGGGGCCUGCUGGAAAAGAGCGAGGGCAACAUCGCGGAGGCUUGCGACAUCUUCGAGCAAGCGUCGAAACGAGCCGAGCGCGACCUUGUGCGAUCCCCGUUCAUCUUCCAGGCGUGGGGUCGGGUCGAGGAGCUUGAGCGGGGACGUGCGGAAUACGCGAGUCAAAUAUUCCGUCGAGGUACCAACCUCGUCCCCACAUCCGGCCCUUUGUGGUCGGCCUGGGGGCUUCUGGAGGAACGACGAGGGAAUAUUGAGAAGGCUCGCGAGCUGUUUGCGAAAUCGUCAACCACGGAUCCGACACAUGGAUCGGCAUGGCACAGCUGGGCUCUGCUAGAAGCGCGCCGGUGCAACUACGAGCGAGCGAGCGAGCUUUUCAAAAAGGGCAACGAGAACGACGCGAGCAAUGCGUCAUUGCUGGCUUCGUGGGCGAUGAUGGAGAACAAGGAGCUUGGAAACAUAAGCCGAAGCAGGGACCUGUUCGAAAGGGCAGUGACCGCGGAUCCUUACUUUGCGCCCGCAUGGCACGCUUGGGGGUGUCUGGAAAUGACGGCGGGAUCCCUUGAGAAAGCGCAGCAGCUUUUCCAAAAGGCAAUUGAGGUACGCCCGGACGACCCAUCCCCGUGGCACACGCUCGGGGUGCUGGAAUCCGAGCACCGACAUGAUCACAAGGCAGCAAUCAAGCACUGGAAGCGAGCGAUUGAAGUAGAGCCUGGCCACGCACUGAGUUACCAGGCGUGGGCGCUGUUGGAGGGGAAUAAGAAUGGCAAUCUCGAGGAAGCGCGCCGACUGUUUGAAUACGCGAUGCAAGAAGCGAAACUCAAGCAGGCGGACAUGGCGAUGCUACUGCAGUCCUGGGCAUCCCUGGAAGAGCAGCAUGGAGAGUUUGACCAAGCCCGCAAGCUGCUCCGCAAAGGACUGGAGGUGGACCGGCGCCGCGCAGAGACCUGGCAGAGUCUAGCGCUCGUGGAGAAGGCACGGGGCAACCGCGAAGUGGCUAAGCGGCUGCUAGCUGACGGCGUGGAGUCGACGUCGCCCUUGUCCGGCGCCGCGACCUUGUACGUGAUCUGGGCGAAAAUGGAGGCGGAGGAGGGCAACAUCGGCGAGGCGAGGGACCUCUUCGCGGCGGGCGUCCGUGUCAACCCUAGCAACGUCAAAACUUGGAAUGCGUACGCCGCUGCGGAGAACAAGUACGGCGAUGCGAGCCGAGCCGCGGAGAUUAAGUCCACCUGUGGCGCGCUGUUUGUUAGGCAGGAUAACGCGAAUGAGGACUUCAAAUUGUAAAUGUAGGUGCGAAGGGGCAUGUCGUAGAUUCUAAUCUACGUUAUCAUAACAUAAAAAAUCUGCGAAUUUUAUUUCUUUUCAA